UUGGCUCUUCAUGUUUACCUUUUAAAAUUCAACCUGAGGGUCCACAUCAGUUUGGGAUACGUAUAGGAUGAGCGGCAAUUGGGAACUGGUCUGGAUGAUUAUACUUACCUUGUGUGGUACGCCAUUAGAUAUUUGUCGAGUGUCGUGGAGGUUGCAUCUGUGUGUCAUUAGAUACCUUCUUUCCACAGUGUGUGCCAACAACAGCGAGAUGGCAGUUAAGUCCCUGUGUGCAGCAGGAGUGUGGCUAACUCCUCUCCUACAAGCAGUCUACCUCUUUGUACAGUAUAUACUAAUGGUCAACCUCCUCAUCGCCUUCUUCAAUAAUGUUUACCUGCAAGUCAAGUCAAUUUCUAACCUUGUGUGGAAGUACCAGCGCUACCACUUCAUCAUGGCCUACCAUGAGAAGCCCGUUCUCCCUCCUCCCUUCAUCCUCCUCUGCCACAUCUACUCUCUCUUCUGCAUGUGCCGAAAGAGGAAGAAGGAAAACACCUACGGACCAAAGCUGUUUCUGACAGAAGAGGACCAAAAGAAGCUACAUGAUUUUGAGGAGCAGUGCGUGGAGACCUACUUCCAUGAGAAAGAGGAUCAGUUUCAUUCGGGGAGCGAAGAGCGUAUACGCCUUACCUCAGACAGGGUUGAGACCAUGUGUGUCCAGCUGAAGGAAGUUGGGAACAAGGUCAACUUUAUCAAGCGCUCAUUGCACACGCUGGACUCCCAGAUUGGACACCUCCAGGACCUCUCUGCUCUGACUGUGGACACCCUGAAGGCCCUGACUGCCCAGAGGGCAUCGGAGGCCAGCAAGGUUCACAAUCAGAUCACCCGGGAACUCAGCCUCUCCAAGAAUGUGGUCCCUAGCCUGGGCCCUGCCACAGACACUGGCCCUCAUUCCAAAUCCUCUGUGCUAGGCAAACGUAGUGUGGGGCCCUUCUUUGGCUCUUCUUUUCCCAAGGUCGGGGGUAACAUGGCAGAUUCUCUCUUUGGCUUUGGUGCAGGGGGAGGGCCUGGGCCAGAGAGUAGCAGGAGAGCAGGGCUCGGCCUAGGAACUGGGCUGGGGCAGGACCCCAACCCAACUCUGAGUCCAGAGAGGAAGGGGGUGGUCGGGCUGGGACAUCUUGCUGCAGAGGCUGGCUCCUUGGGCAGCGCCAAUGCCAGUGCCUUCAUCCCCAGUGCCAUGGCUUUCACCCCCCCGGAGCUGCGUCUUCGAGGCCACUCCUUCACCCAGAGGCAGCUGACCCGUCCACAGGAGUCGGGCCUCACCGACUCCCCCUCUAGUCUGCCCAACGUUCCCUCUCCUGGGGCUCAGUUCUACGUCAGCAGCACCCCCUCCCAGCCCAGUGGCUCCAGCCACCCAGAACUCACCUUAGCUGGGCCAUACCAACACCCCAUCCCCCCAGACAGCACCAAUGUAGAGUUUGGGGCAUUUGUUGGACAUAAAGACAGCCCGGACCUCCAGCACUCUUCGCCCAAAGAGAUCUCCACUUCCAGCAGACAGCACAGCCCAGCAUCACAGAACAGACAGCAGGGGCAUCCUGAUACUCAUGGUCAAAUCAGGGCAGUCAACUCAUACGCUGGCUUUACAGAGUUUGACAGAAACCCCGCCUUCCUCCAUCCUGACUCCACUCUGGCUAAAAAAGACAAGAGCAGAGUGUCGGCUGAAGACAUCGUUGUCAAUGAAGACCCAAGGGCUUCUGUAUUGGAGAUGGUCCAAGUCAAGUCAGCCCAUGCCGGCAGCCUAAGAGCCCCUGGAGAUGAUGCUCUCAAUGCUCCAGCUUGUCUUUACACCUCACGACAUGCCCAUCUGGGUGCCAGGAAAGACUCCAUAGGCUCGCCAUUUAAGCCCAUGGAAAACUACCAGUAUUCAGCUGUGGAGCGUAAUAACUUGAUGAGGCUUUCCCAGAGUAUCCCUUUCACCCCUGUGCCCCCUAGAGGAGAACCGGUGACUCUAUACCGCCUGGAGGAAAGCUCCCCCAACACCAUCAACAACAGCAUGUCUUCCUGGGCCCAGCAGGGUCUCUGUGCCAAAAUAGAGUUCCUCAGCAAGGAGGAGAUGGGUGGGGGGCUGAGGAGGGCCCUCAAGGUGCUCUGCACUUGGUCUGAGUAUGACAUCCUGAAGCCAGGACACCUGUACAUAGUCAAGUCCUUCCUCCCUGAGGUGGUCCAGACUUGGCAGAGCAUCUACAAAGAAGACACUGUGCUGCACCUUUGUCUCAGGGAAAUUCAACAGCAGCGAGCGGCUCAGAAGCUGACAUUUGCCUUCAACCAAAUCAGGCCGAAGACAAUCCCCUAUUCUCCUAGGUUUCUGGAGGUGUUUUUGCUUUACUGUCAUUCUGCUGGCCAGUGGUUCGCUAUAGAGGAGUGCAUCACUGGGGAGUUCAGGAAGUUCAACAACAACAAUGGAGAUGAGAUCGUCCCCACCAACCUGCUGGAGGAGACCAUGUUGGCUUUCAGCCACUGGACCUAUGAGUAUACCCGGGGAGAGCUGCUAGUACUCGACCUGCAAGGAGUUGGUGAAAUCCUGACUGAUCCAUCCGUUAUAAAGAGUGGAGAGAAGGGGUCAUAUGAUAUGAUAUUUGGACCUGCCAACCUGGGAGAUGACGCCAUAAGGAACUUUCGUACAAAACACCACUGCAAUUCCUGCUGUCGGAAGCUCAAACUUCCAGAUCUUAAGCGGAACGAUUACACACCAGAUAAGGUAACAUUUCCACAGGAGGACCCUUUCGACCCAGGCAAUGAGUACAAGGAGUCCCGCCAAUCAAUGAGGCUGAUGCUGUGAUCUCUCCUGACCCAGGGAAAAGGACAGGAGGGGGGUUGCUGCUAUGGCUUAUUCAGUCAAAGCCACGGACAAGGUAGUUGUGGCAAACGUCACAUCCAGUCAACUGGAAGGAAACAUGCCCAUGUUCCCUCAGAAGCCAAUGCAUGUACGCUGUGUAACUUUUUUUUUCUUCCCCCAGUCCUACCAAAUGUUCUGUCAAACACAAAUCAGUUAGUGACCAUUUUUUUUACUGUGUAAGUUUGAACAAACAUUUUUAAAGAUAUUUUCUACAAGUUUAUAUGUUGAGUGUGGUUUAAAACAAAUGCACACACAUAAAUAUAUAUAUAUCAAUAGGUACAAUAUCACUGCAGAGGGUUGAGUAUUUAUUAUGAAUUAUGAGAAGAUGCCUUGUUUUAAAAAUUAAAGAGGAAAUGAUUAAGUGCAUUGUUUGUCUCUGAUACAGCUGGCUCGGAAGAAAGCCAGCCCAGGUGCACACACUUCGACUUUUCACAGUAUGUCACUAGAUCAUUUUUUAUAAAUGUAUAGACAUGAUUCAUUACUCAUUUGUUUUUUGUUCAUAUUUAAAGAAAAGAUAUUCAUUAAUUUUAAAAUCUCAUUAAAUAUGGGCAGAUUGCAAUGCAACUUUUGCAGUAAAAUGUAUGUAAUUUUGUUUUAAACUCUGAACCUGUGUCCACCAAAAAUUGGUCGUUUUUAAUGUUACAAAGGUACUAUUGCGAUAUCUUUGUCAUCAACUAUUGUAUGAGCAAAUUACAAUCUAGUGUAUCUUAUAGAUACUGAUAUCUGGCACGAGCUGAACAAAUUAAGAUAUUUUAUGCAGGGGAACUGAAAAAGUAAGGGUAUUACUGUAUACAUUUUGUACUAUAUAUCAUUUUAAACAAAUAAAAUCUUA